AUACCGGAGAGCGGGGGUCAGCUAUGUCUGGGACCAGGAGGAGGUGGAUUUUAAAUGAGAUUAAACCAUGUAAUUUGUUCUUCAUCCUUCAUUUUUCUCUUUACCAUCUCAUCAACUUCCACCUUUUCAACUAGUCCUGUCUUGGAACCUGCUUCUUAGAGGGCCUGGACUAACAUACUCUGGUAGUGCAUGAAGCAUCUGUGAUCACAGUGUGACAAGAAAAUAGCACAAACAAACCUAUGAGGACUUGAGAGAAUUCAAAAGGAUAUCUGUGUGAACUUCCCUAGGGCAACCAUAGCACACGCAGCAUGAAAAAGACUUGUUGGGAAAGCUAUUUUAGCACCUCUGAUAAACAGAAAAAAAAAGGUAAAUUCUUCAUCAUGUGGGAACCAACACUAAACAAACUAAAGUCCCUCCUUCAGGAGUUUACAUCUGGUAGAGGGUGUGGGGUGAGAAGAGACAAAACAAAGGGAACAAAGAAAAAUGUGAAUGUAAGCUAGAGAAAAGAAGAUGUUAUUAAGAAAAUUGCAGAGAAAAUACAUUUAUUCUUCAUUAAGUGGAAGUGGAUCAUCAUAAGAUAUGUCUUCAUCUCCAUUGUCUUCAUGGCAUCAGUUCCUUGUUACGUGGACCUUCCUAUGGAGAAGUACACUUUAAGAUAGCUGGCUUCCACCAAAGCAAGCAAGAGAGUGAGAGCAGCCAGAAAGACAGAAGUCACAAUUUUUUGAAAACCUAAUCAUAGAAGUCACACCUCAUCAUGGUCAUGUAGGGAUCCCACCCCUUCGCUGUGUUUUCACUCUGAAGCUCUACACAACUUUACACCUGAAUGAACGCCAAACCUCUGUGGAUAUAUAAAGGGAACCUUGAGGAGGAAUUUCACAGUUACAGUGCAGAAGCAGAGGCAAAAGAAUUAACCAGCUCUUCAGCCAAGCAAAUCCUCUACUCACCAUGCUUCCUCUUGCCAUUCAUUUCUAUCUCCUUCCCCUUGCAUGCAUCCUAAUGAAAAGCUGUUUGGCUUUUAAAAAUGAUGCCACAGAAAUCCUUUAUUCGCAUGUGGUUAAACCUGUUCCAGCACACCCCAGCAGCAACAGCACGUUGAAUCAAGCCAGAAAUGGAGGCAGGCAUUUCAGUAACACUGGACUGGAUCGGAACACUCGGGUUCAAGUGGGUUGCCGGGAACUGCGUUCCACCAAAUACAUCUCUGAUGGCCAGUGCACCAGCAUCAGCCCUCUGAAGGAGCUGGUGUGUGCUGGUGAGUGCUUGCCCCUGCCAGUGCUCCCUAACUGGAUUGGAGGAGGCUAUGGAACAAAGUACUGGAGCAGGAGGAGCUCCCAGGAGUGGCGGUGCGUCAAUGACAAAACCCGUACCCAGAGAAUCCAGCUGCAGUGCCAAGAUGGCAGCACACGCACCUACAAAAUCACAGUAGUCACUGCCUGCAAGUGCAAGAGGUACACCCGGCAGCACAAUGAGUCCAGUCACAACUUUGAGAGCAUGUCACCUGCCAAGCCAGUCCAGCAUCACAGAGAGCGGAAAAGAGCCAGCAAAUCCAGCAAGCAGAGCAUGAGUUAGAACUCACACUCCCACAACUAGACUUACUAGUAACCAUCUGCUUUACAGAUUUGACUGCUUGGAAGACUCAAGCCUGCCAUUGCUAUUUUCUCACUUGAAGUAUAUGCUUUUUGCUUUGAUCAAACCCAGCAAGCUGUCUUAAGUAUCAGGACCUUCUUUGGGAAUAGUUUUUCCUUUUCAAGUUUUUCAAGAUGUAGGUAUAUCCAUGAAUGCAAUUUGCAUUUAAAUUCCACGUAUCCUGUAGUUUUAAUUCCUCAUUGUUCUUAAAAGACUGUUGAUACUAUAAACAUCAGUGAAUCAUUAUAUUUUAAAACAGAAAAGGGCUUCUCAGAUACCCUCCAUCUACUGGCCCAUCCCCUCUCUUAAACAAAACUCCUUCAAAACAGAAAGGUUAAAAAAAAAUUGUCAUGAAUCUUCAGAGUAACAUUUCAGAAAGGUGCUUUUUUGGUACUCUUCAUGGGAACAGUUUAGCAGCCAUGAGUGAUCUUCCUUUGAAAGAGAAUGAAAGACCUUGUGACAUUUCACUUCAAAAAUAAGCCCUGUAGCUCUUUACAGUCGCAUAGUAUGAAAUUAUACCCUGCAUGCUGACCCUCGCUUGGAAUGGAAUGCCAGAAAUGCAUGGCAGCAGCUAAUAAGUAAAGCUGAUUAACUAUUUAUUUGUCAAUGUUAUUAUUUAAUGAGCUUUCACAUGUGAUUUGUUUCAAAAUGUUAAUUUUUUAAUGUUUUGAAACUUUUUCAUGGACCUAAAUAUUUUCCUAUAUGAUUUGUGGUUGAUUAGAAAUAUGAAAAUACGUGUUGUAGAUAUGUAAAAUGAAUAUUUUAGUCUCCUUAUUACAUAUAUGUUCAUGGUGAACUUUAUCAAUAGUAUGAAUCUUUCUAAAUCAAUAAGAUGCUUUGUAAAGUUGAAAUACGUAAUACUUUCUUGUUUAAUCUGUGCAAUCAGAAGGUGUCUUGACCUUCAAUUCAAUUAAAAUAAACACUGCUAAAAGUUAUUGUCAUUGCCUCUAAUAUGUAUAAAGGGUGAAAAAAUUGUAGAAUAAAUGUAUAAGGGUAAUUGCUAUUUUUUUUCUAAGUCACAUUCAAGCUUUGACAGAAGUAUCUAUUCUAAGAGAGGAGACAGAGGGAGACAGGGAGUCCAUCUCUUUAGUAAAUGGGAGGUUGCAAAAGUUGGGUGUCAAUCCAGCAAUGAGUAGUCGUGAGAAUAUCAAAUUUACAUACACCAGUGGAUGCCAAGUCCUGCUCAUUAUAAUCACCUGGGGGAGAGAUUAUGCGACCCAAUGCCCAGGUUUUCAUCCACGUUACAUCAGAAUUUCUUAGGGUAGAGCUCAAAUAUCAGCAGGUUUUAAAGUUUUCCAGAUGAUCUCAAUGUACAGCUAAAUUUGAGAAAGGAAAGAAUUGUGAAGAAAUCAUUAUCUUAUCUUGGAGAACAUUGAAUACUAUUGUAUGGCCCACAAACCAAAAACAUGAAAUAAAAACGAAACAAAAGCUAA